UUGCUUCUCUCACAUCACAUCUCUUUCUUUGUCUUUGUGGUACAAUAGCGGAAGAGAAUCCCCUUCUUUUCAAUUCCCUCCACAGAUCUCCAAAAUUCCCACUCAUCCAACCCUAAUUUCUUCCCUCUUCGUAAAAAUUAAAUAAAAAGACCCCAAAAUCUCUGUCUAUUUUUUAUUUUUGGUUUUAUCCUUUUCUCUCUCAAAGCCAGUGAUCGAAAGAUAUCCGCCGAUGAUUCCAGAAGCUUCAUGAAUCUUCGCCAAGCUACCUUCCUUCAUGGACGAACGUAAUCCCGACGAUGCCUGAGCUGCGUAGCAACGCUCGCAGAAAUCGGGCCUCUAUCAACCCUAACCAGAAUCCAAACCCGAUUAAUAAUAUUCUCCCCCAACCCGAUACCAACGACAGCAAGAAAAAGAGCAAGUUUACUGUACGCACUCGCCAGGGGAGAACCGCACAGAACAGGAAACAGAAGGACGCGAUCGUCGCUGCCGUUUAUGAGAACAAGCUUAACGACAACGAUAACAAACACAAUAACAUCGUGAGCGGUGCUGGUUUAGAAACGACGCCGUUUGGAAGGAAACAGGACAAGGAUAUUAAAGAACUUAGGGUUUUGAGAGAAGAGGUUGCCGAGAAGAAGAUGGACGAAUACGAUAGUGGUGGCCGUAGCGGCGAUAAAGGGCCCGGCGCUGAAGAUGAAGGAAGUACAGCUCCGCUUCCCGAGAAGGUUCAGGUAGGUGGUUCCCCAAUGUAUAGAAUAGAAAGGAAACUGGGGAAAGGAGGCUUUGGACAAGUGUAUGUUGGUCGACGAAUUGGCGCUACUGGUCCAGGAGCACUUGAGGUAGCUUUAAAAUUUGAGCAUAGGAGCAGCAAAGGAUGUAAUUAUGGGCCACCAUAUGAGUGGCAAGUUUACAAUGCACUUGGUGGUAGCCAUGGUGUGCCUCGAGUUCAUUACAAGGGCCGGCAAGGUGACUACUAUGUUAUGGUUAUGGAUAUGCUUGGACCUAGCUUAUGGGAUGUUUGGAAUAAUAACUCGCACACGAUGUCCAUCGAAAUGGUUGCAUGUAUUGCCAUCGAGGCCAUCUCGAUCUUAGAGAAGAUGCACUCCAGAGGAUACGUGCAUGGGGAUGUGAAACCUGAGAACUUCUUGCUUGGUACUCCGGGAACCCCAGAUGAGAAAAAACUUUUUCUUGUUGACCUAGGAUUAGCGACCAGGUGGCGAGAUAGUUCAAGUGGUCAACAUGUUGAAUAUGAUCAACGUCCUGAUGUUUUCAGGGGAACUGUACGGUAUGCUAGUGUUCAUGCUCAUCUUGGUAGAACUGGGAGCAGGAGAGAUGAUCUUGAAUCUCUGGCUUACACACUCAUUUUUCUCCUCCGUGGUCGGUUACCUUGGCAGGGAUAUCAGGGUGAAAAUAAAGGCUUUCUUGUUUGUAAGAAGAAGAUGGCAACUUCCCCAGAAACUUUGUGUUGCUUUUGCCCUGCACCUUUCAGACAGUUUGUUGAAUAUGUGGUGAAUUUGAAGUUUGAUGAGGAACCGAAUUAUGCAAAAUAUAUCUCUCUAUUUGAUGGAAUUGUUGGUCCAAAUCCAGAUAUUAGGCCAAUAAAUACUGAUGGUGCUCAGAAGCUUAUAUUUCAAGUAGGUCAUAAGCGAGGACGGUUGACGAUGGAGGAGGAAGAGGAUGAACAGCCAAAGAAGAAGGUUCGAAUGGGAAUGCCUGCAACACAAUGGAUUAGUGUGUACAAUGCUCGUAGGCCUAUGAAGCAAAGAUAUCAUUAUAAUGUGGCAGAUGUGAGGCUUCCCCAACACAUAGAGAAAGGAAAUGAAGAUGGGUUAUUUAUCAGCAGUGUGGCUUCUUGUUCGAACCUAUGGGCUCUUAUUAUGGAUGCUGGCACUGGCUUCACUGCUCAAGUUUAUGACCUCUCACCAUACUUUCUUCAUAAGGAAUGGAUUAUGGAGCAAUGGGAAAAGAAUCACUACAUCAGUGCAAUUGCAGGAGCUAAUAAUGGGAGCUCAUUAGUUGUAAUGUCUAAGGGGACGCAGUAUUUGCAGCAAUCUUACAAAGUUAGCGAUUCGUUUCCCUUUAAGUGGAUCCACAAAAAAUGGAGGGAGGGUUUUUAUGUGACUGCCAUGGCCACUGCCGGAAGCAGAUGGGCGAUUGUUAUGUCGCGUGGUGCUCCAUUUUCUGACCAGGUUGUAGAAUUAGAUUUUCUCUAUCCUAGUGAAGGUAUUCAUCGGAGGUGGGAUAGUGGCUACCGCAUCACAUCAACUGCUGCAACUUGGGAUCAAGCUGCUUUUGUUCUUAGUAUUCCAAGAAGAAAACCUGCAGAUGAAACUCAGGAGACCCUCCGAACUUCUGCGUUUCCUAGCACUCAUGUGAAGGAGAAAUGGGCGAAGAAUCUAUAUAUUGCAUCAGUUUGCUAUGGUCGAACUGUUUCGUGAACUGCCACAAUUUUGUUCAGAUGCCACACAUUUUAUUUGAUCGUGCAUAUGUAUGACAAGACGGCUCUGCUGCUUCAUUUUUAGGGAACUAAGCUCUUUAGCCAGAUUGAUUGAUGGCAGCAUUUGGGAGUUGAUGUAUGCAAAAUUCUACUUUAUCGUCACCAUCAUGUAGCGUCUUUUCAACCACCUGUGCACUGUCAUUCAAUCAAGUCAAAUCUUUAUGAGCUAAUUUCAGAUCUUUUGUCCCAUUAGAUGUGGGUGUUCUUACCUUACUUGUAUAGUUUUGAAAUUAUAAUUUCUUGGUUGAAGGGAAGUGCACAGGUUAUGUUUUCAUUGUUGAUGGUGUUUAAGGAAUCUACAAUGAUGAUUUUAUGCUGGAGUCUACAUGCCUUGAGUUACUCGGUCUGUACUAUGUCUAGCCUUGUUUUCUGGACUAGAAGAUCAUAAUGGUCUUUCACCCUUUCACUUCUGGGAUGUCUGAUUUGACCCUAAAGAAGAGAGAAUGUUACUUAUUUUGUAUAUUUUGAAGCAACAGUAUGUAAUGGGAUAUCAUUAUUAACUUUUGCGCUAUAGUUGAUGCUAGUAUUCUCAUUUCCCUCAAAGCUAUCCAGUGCAUGCAGCACAUGAUCCAUCUGAAUAUUUUAUGGACAGUUAGAAUAACACAAUCACAACUACAAAUACCUCAUCCUUUUGCCAAACUCCCCAUUGUUUCAAAUUAUUUGGGGUAGAUGUUUUUAUCCCAUUAUUUCUUCUUUUCUUAUAUGAGUGAGUUCAUGCUGUUGUUUUCAUUAGGUGCAUGCUAGAGGUGAUAUAUCUGUUUCCCAUCAAGUUUUACCGUCCAUUGUGGAUAAGCAUCUGAAUAAUUGAAGUUGUGAUCUUUCAGUGUACCAACCUUUUAAUACUCUUUUACCUUUUGAAUGCCAUAGUGGUAAUUUGUAAUAGUUUGCUGAUGUAGUCUAAUAAUGCCAUAUUUUUAGCUCACAAUUUGUUUCUUAACCCUAUCUCAAUGCUGUACUUUGGAGUUUAGAGUGGUGUUAUGUAGUGAAUUUUUUGUCGUAGGCUCCAAUUGUGAGCGUACAAGAUGCAUUUGUAUCAUUAACAGAUGUCAAAAUCUCAGAAGCAGAAAUGCAGCAGAGGCCUUUUAUAUGUGCCUAAAAGUUUUUGCUAAGGAACAGCCAGGAGACCAACCAGUAUUGAUUUGGUAUAGCUUCAGGCUGAUCUUUGAAAAUUCCAACUGUAUACUUCUCCUGCUUUUAAAGUGGUUAAUUGUUAGGAGGCCGGGAGUUGGAAACUUUUCUUCUUGCAAAGCAAACCUAGAUGCUGAAGUUCACUUGAGAAUUGUUGAACCAUUCCUGUGAUACGCCUCUGCUGUUUCAAGACCAGAAUAUUAAGAUCUUCAACAUGAGUUCAUUGAGAAGGGAAAUUUUCUCAUCUAAAGAUCAAUGAGCAUAAAUGUUUUGGCAGUUUGUCCAGAAAAAAGUUGUAUCUGUACUUGCUUUUGGUGCCAAAGCAACGUUACUUUUGUGACAUGUUAUCUUGUUUGACAUUAUAUCUAUUAGGUGUGUAGGUUGUCGUUGACCAUAAUGUAACAGGUGGUUUCGUAUAGCGUCA